AUUUAAGCUUUAAUGCUUAUUUCAAAAGGAUUGAAGGAAUUUGUGACGCCAUUUUGGAGAAGGAGAGGACAGAGGCGUAGCGAUUCAUUCAGAUGCUCAGGGCGAAAUUUUAACUAUGCCUCCCCCCCCCACCUCCCCUCCUAAUUUAUAAAAUAGUUAUUGAUAUACACGUCGAAAAAGCUGGGUUGGAAAAAGUAAUCGAAAGUUUGAGGGGGGGGUGCAAAUCGAAAGUUUGUCCCCGUGCGUCGGGAAGGGUGAAGGGUCGCUACGGCUCUGACCUCGCCGCUCCACCCAGUCUCUGAACCAUAACAGUUUUUAUUUUUUAUACCACGCAUAUGAUGUAGAAACAGUUAAUUAAGUCCGUAAAAUGUGUUCGUAGGAAGGGACGUACUGGUGAUUUCUAGAAAUGUUUAAUAUUAGACAGGGCAUUGGGCAAUGGUCUGUGGAUAUGUUUACCCCUAUAUAACAUUUGUACCCAAACCUGUCCAUAUAAAGUAUCAAUAAGGCAGAUGUGGGUCCAAUGUGUCAUAAUUAAUUUGUGUCACAUGACCGUGCAUUGUAAUGUGUGCAUACUAUGCGCGUUGUAGGUGCACUUUUCGCUUUAAAAUUGAUUUAUUUUAAACUGUAAAUUAAGGUAGACCUACUGUGAAAAUAUUUUCAACUAAAUAGAUCUUGUAAAAAACAAAGCUGCGUUUCUGUAAAUAGCUAAAUAUUUCGGCUUUAGGCUACAACUGCCCAAAUAAAAGCAUAUGCUGGGAAUUUCCAUUUUCGAUUAAGUUUAUCAAUUGGGAAUUUCCGUUAUGAAUCCGGACAGUUGUUUUACAUUGCUUGUAGUAUUUGUAGCAAAAAUUGUUCUUACAGCUGCAAAAUCCCGGAAAAUUUAUAAAGACGUAGAAAAUAUUAUAGAAUGGAUUUCAUGCUGUAUGUGGUGCUAUUUGUUGUAACUUUGUGCCUGUUUGUUUGGUACUUCAUCCCCAAUCGGGAAAUCCACCAGAGUGAGACCACAGGACAAAGACCUACAUCUUUGUAUCACGGCUUUACAAAAAAAGACAAAAGUCUGUGUCUGCACGGCAAGACAGGUUCGAGUGCUCUAGAGGAGCUGAACAACUUUCUGCUCCAAAAGGAAGCGGUGUACAAAGAGAGCAACUACAACAGCAACUACCAUAAUGUCUAUGUGACCACCUACAUCGGCGUCAAAGGUCCCAAUUGGACGCCCCCGUUGAAGUCUACAAUUGACAAACAUUUGCAGCAAAACAAAGACAAAUACAAGUAUAAGUGGAAUAAAGAUAGCGACGAGGUCACCAUUUACUUUAUAAAGCCUCACGCACAAUAAGAUUUUUUUAAGACGUUCACUGGGUUACUCUGAAGGAAGUUAUUUUGUCAGGUAAAGGCAAAGAGACUUUAAGUGACAAGUUACAUCACACAUGGCCAAGAUCUAACGUUAUUAAAUAAAUCUUAAAAUCAUGUUUGUAUUAGAUUUAGUUAGUUAUUAAACAUAAUCUCAGUGUUGCUUUAUGUAUCUCUCAUGUGAUGAGGGGGUCCACAUCCACCGGAAGAUAUAUAUAUAUAUAUAUAUAUAUAUAUAUAUAUAUAUAU